AUGAAUAUUAAAGUCAUAAAGACACUCACAAUUUUACUGCUCGCAGUAAUUAAAUCCGCGAACAGUAAAAGCUUGUUUGAGCUGAUGAUGAGCUACGGAUUGCAGAAAAGCUUUGAUAUUAUCACAACACCUUUGCCGACUGUCGAGCAGUACGACUUUAUAAUAAUAGGCGCGGGUUCAGGGGGAUCUACUCUGGCAAAUCGGCUGUCAGAGAACCGCAAGUGGAAGGUUCUGCUGCUGGAAGCCGGAAAACCGGAGGGGAUUCUCAACCAAAUUCCGAUACUGGUGAGCAAUUUUCAGCAGACGGAUUAUAAUUGGGGAUAUCGAGUUGAACCGCAGAAGAAUGCUUGCUUGGGUAUGAAGGACCGUCGGUGUACUUGGCCGAGGGGUAAAUCCCUCGGUGGCACCAGUACAUUGAAUUACAUGAUUCAUACAAGAGGUAAUAGAGUUGAUUACGACACUUGGGAGGCUGCUGGUAAUAAUGGAUGGUCCUAUGAUGAUGUACUGCCUUAUUUUAUCAAAAGCGAGCGAUUUAAAAUUCCAGAACCAUACAACGCAUCUUACCACGGCAAAGAUGGUUAUUUAUGUGUAGAACACAUUCCCUACCACAUGCCGCUGUCAACAGAGUUCUUAAAAGCCGGAAAAAAAUUAGGCUGGGAGAUAAUAGACUACAACGGCCCGGAACAAAUAGGAUUUUCGUAUCUCCAAGUAAACAUGGAUCGCGGAGCGCGUUGUAGUGCUUCCCGGGCUUACUUAAAAGUUCGCCGGCCAAAUUUAGAGAUCGUAACUCUAGCACGAGUGACUAAAAUCCUAAUAGACUCCGACAGACGAGCUUACGGAGUGGAGUACAUAAAAGACGGCAAGACCAGACAAAUUCGCGCGACCAAGGAAGUGAUUUCCUCAGCAGGAACUAUCGACUCAGCAAAACUACUAAUGCUCUCAGGAAUAGGUCCCAGAGAUCACUUGGAAGAUUUGGGAAUCCCCGUGAUAAAAGACGCAAAAGUCGGAUACAACUUGCUAGAACACGUCGGCUUUUUAGGGCUGACUUUCCUGGUAAAUGCCAGCGUCACUCUGCUAGAGAAGACAAUCAUCAAGCCCCAGAACGCUUUGCAGUACAUGAUUGACCGUAGUGGCCCGCUUUCAAUUCCCGGAGGAGCUGAAGCUAUAGCUUUUAUCCGCACAAAGUAUGCUCAAGAUUCUCGACCGGAUUUGGAGCUGUUAUUUGUCUCGGGCUCGAUUCACUCCGACAAUGGAGUCGCAGUUCGAAAAGGCCACGGUAUCACUGACGAAUUGUACAACGCGGUGUUCAAACCUAUUGAAAAUCGCGAUGCUUGGUCAAUCUGGCCCAUCAUGCAGCAGCCACGCAGUGUUGGAAAAAUUACACUUCGCUCUAAGAAUCCUUUUGAUGAUCCGAUCAUUCAGCCGAAUUUUUUUACCCACCCCGCGGAUAUUGAGAUUAUUCUUGAAGGUGUGAAGCAUGCGAUCAAAAUAGCAGCUACUGAAGAAUUUCAGAAGUACAACAGUCGUUUGCACACCAUUAAAAUUCCCGGGUGUAGAGAGUUUGAUUUUGCGAGCGAUGAUUACUUCCGUUGUGCUAUCAGGCACUUGCCUUCGAUGAUGAAUCACGAAGUCGGUACGGUAAAAAUGGGCCCUCCUGAGGACCCAACUGCUGUUGUUGAUUCUCAGUUGAGAGUUUAUGGGGUUAAAGGUCUGAGGGUUGUCGACGCUUCGAUUAUGCCUACUAUGCCCAUUGGACAUGUCAACGCUGGGAUUUUUAUGAUUGGAGAAAAGGCAGCUGAUAUGAUCAAACAAAUGUGGAAUUAA